AUGAAUCGUUAUCCUGGUCCUCCACAACCAUCUCAAGGACAACCAUUGUCGUCGGUAGGUGUUUAUGCACCGCAAGGAAUGACAGGUCAUAUGCCAAGUCCACAAACUGUUCCACCAUAUAGCGUUGCUGUUGGUUCGCCAUCACAAUAUGUUCAACAACCAGGACCAGGUCCUUCACCCACUCAAGGUCAUUAUAGUCAUCUAUCGCCUCAACAACAGAUGAUGCCAGGUCCAGCUUAUGGCCAACCUAUGAUGCAUGGCAAUAUGCCAUCGCAACCAAUAAUGCAGCAGCAACCACAACCACAGCAACCACCACCUCCCCCACCACCACAACAACAACAACCUCAACAACAGCAUCCUGCUCCACAACCAGAUGAUUUAGCAGUUAAAGUUAAACGAUCAUUUACUAAUUUCGAUACCAAUCUUAAAACAUUCCUUCAUGAAUAUUCUACUAUAUUACAAAUGGAUGAUGCACGUUUAAAUUCUCAGACACCUGAUGCUCUCACUCAAACUUCUCAAAGUCUCGUAAGACGUUAUGAAACUCUACUAGUCUCUCUUGAUCUAUUCGAAUCAAAUUUACGUAUGUUACAAGAUUAUACAUCGACACAAAAUGAUUUUCGUCGUUUUAUGCCAUCAGCAACAACUGUUCUCGAAUCAAGUUCACAUACCGGUCAUCAACAAACACCAAUUGCACCACUAAUUGGUCGACCUGUUGAUCCUGGUCAAUAUCAAUUUUUAUUAAAUAAAAUGCAAACACAAAUUGAUUCAUUUAAUACACUACGUGAACUAGGAAAAAAGUUUCUCGAAACAUCAACAACCAAUGUCAAUACGAAUACAACAACUAAAUAA